UCCCCUUCUUUUCUUCAACAAUCCGUCACUCAAUAUCAAAGCCAAGCGGCUUAUUUGACUUUCUUCUUGUUUCUUCCAGCUCUCAAUUUCAAGAUCAUCUCACCAAAUUUUUAUCUCUUUCUCUCAAACACACGCAUUAACUUCUACCUAUAAUUUAUGUUUUAAUAGAAACUGAAAGUUCUUGAAAGAAAAACAAGAAUUGAAGCGGUUGUUGGAGGAGAGCAUAUCUAUCGUCACACGUUUCUUCUUCGUUUUCUUUCGAUUAAAAUGCUGUGUCGAAUAAUUUGAUCAUAGAGUGAGAAAGAGGAAACCGGUACUGAGAUGGGAGCUUGCUUGUCGACGCCGGAGAGUUGCGUCGGAGGUAGAAUAACAUCGUCCAAGAGGAAAUUUAGGAGGCGAAAGAAAGGCUUGAAACGACGUGUUUCCACUCGUUUAUCCGAUCAAUCAAAGUCCCUUCCGUCUGAUAAGUCCUUCGUUAAUCCCACUUUCCGCGCAGGGAGCACUGAUGAAUCUUGGUAUGAUUCCGCCGCAGUUCUUGAUUCCGACUGCAGUGAAGACGAUUUCCAGAGUGUUCUUGAUGAUGUGAGUUCUCUUAAUGGGUCGGAAGGCGCCUCUAGGGCAAGCAUUUCUUCAGUUCAUCCAGAAGAAAUGAAUCCAAGAUCAAGAUCCGAAGGUCCUAACGAAAUCAAACCGGUAUACCUUGAUGAAAUAUCUUCUUCUGUUGAUGAAACUUCUGGAAGAGAAGAUGGUCUGUUGGACUGUGGAGUAAUCCCCAGCAACUGUCUCCCUUGUCUUGCUGCUACUGUCCCCUCCAUUGAAAAAAGAAGAUCUUUAAGCUCAAGCCCACCAAGUGUUCGUAAAAAGUCCACACACAAACUUUCAUUUAAAUGGAAAGAUGGACACCCUAACGCCAAUAUCUUUUCUUCAAAGAUACAUCUACAAAGACCUAAAGCAGGUUCACAAGUACCCUUUUGUCCAUUAGACAAGAAAGUGCUCGAUUCAUGGUCAAAUGUUGAACCCAAGACUUUUAGAGUACGAGGAGAGAAUUAUUUGAGAGAUAAAAAGAAAGAACACGCUCCUAAUUAUGCAGCGUAUUACCCAUUUGGUGUUGAUGUCUUCUUAUCACAAACAAAAAUCGAUCACAUAGCUCGAUUUGUAGAGCUCCCUGUUCUAGAAUCUUCUUCAGGAGACCUUCCUUGUAUUCUUGUCGUAAAUGUACAAGUACCAUUAUACCCUUGUGCUUUUUUCCAAGGAGAAAUCGAUGGUGAAGGAAUGAAUGUUGUUUUAUACUUUAAACUUUCUGAAACUUACUCAAAGGAACUUUCAUCCCAGUUUCAAGAUAACAUGAGAAGGAUUCUUGAUGAUGAAAUUGAAAAAGUGAAAGGGUUUCCUGUUGAUACACUUGUGCCAUUUCGUGAAAGGUUGAAAAUAUUGGGGCGAGUUGUAAAUGUUGAUGAACUUCAGUUGAGUGCACCCGAAAGAAAGCUUAUGCAUGCUUAUAAUGAAAAACCCGUGCUUUCUCGUCCUCAACAUGAAUUUUACCAAGGAGAAAAUUACUUUGAGAUAGAUUUGGAUAUGCAUAGAUUUAGUUAUAUUUCAAGGAAAGGGUUUGAGGCAUUUCAAGAUAGAUUAAAGAAUUGCAUUUUGGAUGUUGGUCUCACAAUCCAGGGAAACAAAGCAGAGGAAUUACCGGAGCAAAUUUUAUGUUGUGUGAGGUUAAAUGGUAUUGAUAGAAUGAGAUACCAUAUGUUGGGGUUAAAUCAGGAAUUAUGAGAAAUAGUGUAAGGUUACGACUCAAUACUUGGUGAUUAAUUUAAUUUAAUCUUGUUUUUUUUUUUU